CUUAAAAACUUUCUCGUCACGUGAUUAAUUGGUUACCAUAAUAAAGUUUUCAAUCUGGUUUCCAAUAUUGUUGGCUACAGAAGAUGAAAAAAUCUAGAAGCAGUAUUAGCAGUGAUAGUGAAAGUGGAAAGAGAUGCAUUAGAGGGCACUGGAAGCCAGCUGAAGAUGAGAAACUCCAACUACUUGUUGAACAGCAUGGUCCCCAGAAUUGGAAUUUUAUUGCAGACCAUCUAGAAGGAAGAUCAGGGAAAAGUUGCAGAUUGAGAUGGUACAACCAACUUGAUCCCAAUAUUAACAAGGAGCCAUUUACAACAGAAGAGGAACAAAGGCUUCUUGCAGCUCAUCGGAUUUAUGGAAACAAAUGGGCUUUCAUAGCUCGCUAUUUCAAAGGUAGAACUGAUAAUACCGUGAAGAAUCAGUACCAUAUUAUGAUGGCAAGAAGAAAACGUGAAAGGUGCUCAGUCCAAGGUCAUCGAAGUCACUCCAAGUUCCAAAACCUUCAAAAAUUAGGGACCUCAUCCAUGAGUUCAUUACAUUCUUUAAGUUUUAGCCAGUCAACGAUGACAACAGAUUCAUUCAGUGUUGAUAUUUUUGGUGGAGGAAGAAAGAAACAUUUAGGUCCAAGUAUUUCUUCAUGUGCCAAUGAGACAUCACAUGGAAUCCCUGUUGUCCACGAGGUUGUUCCUCAAUCUUUCAAAUUCUCAAAUUUUGCUGGGGUUUAUGAAAGUGAAGAAAUGCUCAACUUAGAGGGACUUGAUGAUAACUCCAAUGCAUUUUGGAACUUGAAAAUGGCUUCUGAGCAAGAUCAAGGAGAUGGAUCGAUCACUCACAAGGCUGUUCCCUUCAUAGAUUUUUUUGGCGUGGGAAUCUCUUAAUAAUAAUUAGUUAUGCGAACUCAUUCUCAUCAGCUGAGUUCUUUGAGUCUAAAUUUUAUGAACUACAGCCUCAUUUAUCUUUAUAUUACAUGCAUAAGAGAACAUCUAUCAACAUUUAGGGCCUAGCUUAGCUUGAAUUAAGCAUA